UUGUGGUUGUGUAUUACACAGUACGAAAGAAAAGAAAUACAUCAACCAUGUGUAGUUGGACAGAAACAACAGUUGCGUUUGAAAAAGGAAAUCAAGAUACUUCCUGUUAGAUUUUUGUGUGUUACAAAAAGAAUUGUGUGUUGUGUUUUGCAAGAAGUGUUUAAUGAAAUGUGAAGGCUGAGAAUUAUUGUAUGGUUUUGCAGAUUUGGUGUGUGGUUCUGGUGUUUGAGUGGCAGGUUUCAGAAAUUGUGUGUAAGGAUUUUGUGUGAAAGCAGUUGAAAAAAACUGUAUCUAAAUAUGUCACACUGCCUUUUUGUAAUAUUGAAAUCAGCUGAGCCAGUGUCAUGCUAAAAUAUGCUUUUAGUUUAGAUGAAUGUCAGAAAAUUGCACAGAGAAAGAAUGAAAAACAGUAAGAGGAAUUUCAACACAGAGUCAUCAAAUAUAAUCCGAGAGGAUACAAGUCAAGGUCAGAUAGAUGAAAAAAAUAAAAACACAGCUGAGAGUGAACUCAAUCAAUCCAUUAUUAUAGUAAACUUACAAUGAUACAAGUAAAAAAAGAGAAAAAAAUAAAUAUAAAAUAUAGAUAAAAAUAAAGAUCAAAUAGAAUCUGUAUUGAAAACAAGAACAUACUGAUAUGAUUGCAAAAGCUGGGUUUAAACAGACAUUAUUUGUAAUUUUUACUAUCCCUGAUUUACUGUCAUCAUCCAUGGAUGUUGUUUCCUCAGUGAAGGAUAAGUGCUUUGCGGGAAGGUUAAAGUUUCAGAGGAGACAUGCGCAUGCAUUCUGUGCCGUGCCUGCGUGUAUUUUAGACCUGCUAAUCUCUGGAUCAUAUAAAAGUGUGAGAGGAAUGUGUCUGUGGAAUUUAAUCCAUCAAUUCUGAAAUGUACCACACACACACAGACACACACACACACACACACACCGUUGCUUUCUUUACUCCGUGUUACUUUCUCAAUGUCAAUUUGCAUUAGUGCCAUUCACGUGCAUGAGCUUUUUUUGCCCACAUGAGGAACAGUCAACCUUCCUUAUGACGACCGAAUAAUGAAAUAAAGAAAACCUAGAAAUACAGAAACCUUUCUUUAAAGGUUAGAUUUAGAGGAUAGAUAAUAUUUUUUAGCUCAGAAUAAAAACAACUGAACACAAUGGACAGUCCCCACCAAAAACAAAACAAACUGUGAAUCUGUAGCCAAAAUAUAGGGUCAAAUGCUAUAAAUUGUCCCAGAAAUUUGACAAAACCUUGAUUUAAUAUUUAAUGGACAUAAAUGGACAAUAAAAUAUGGAGAAAUUUUUUUUUAAAAUAAUGUUUAAAUGAUUACGUUUGGGAAUCUACUAAUUAGCAUAUUAAUAAUUAUUCUAUUUUUUAUUCGAAGUAGAGUUUAUGGCAAGUGGCCCUUUAGAUAUAGGGUAAAAUGUGACCCCAGGUAAAAUGUGUGUGUGUGUGUGUGUGUGUCAUUUGACCCAGUUUGUGAUCCGUUCCCCCGCUUCAGUGAUGUGUCUGUCUGUGCAUUUGUGUUUCUGAUGUGCUGCCUUUAUUUGGCCAAAGUUUGCCAUUGGAAACGCCCUCCUUACGCUUUCUAAUGGCCACGUGCCCACUAUAUGUCGACUAUAAAAGAGCCGCUGUGCCUUACGCACAACACGGUCAAUAUCCAGACACAUUAUUUACAGACGAACUCAAACUCAAUCAUCAAAAUGCCUUCAAGCCAAAGAAUCAUGAUGACACCUCAAACCAAGAAGACAGGAAGGAAAAUCAAAGCUGGAAAUAUUCCUACUGAAAAGCUUCCAGUUUAUGAGCCGAACAUCCCAGAGCCGACGUCCAGAGAGGAGCUGCUUAAAUACUGGCUCAAUAUUUCAUUGGACGAACGAACUGCCAAUAAAGUGCUGUGGCUGACAGAGGGCGGGGCUAAAGUGUCUCGAAUGACAGAUGAGGUGUGUCCUUACCUGGACAGACCAGAGAGAUUUGACCACAGCCCUCAGGUGCUGUGUAAGGAGUCUAUCUGGGCGUCGCGCUGUUAUUGGGAGGUGCUGUACUCUGGCUGGGUGGUUAUAGGGGCGACAUACGAGGGUGCAGGGAGGAGGGCAGGAGACGGGCCCUGUGGCCUCGGGGAGAACGAGGAGUCUUGGGGUCUGGGUUGGGCCGGAUCCUGCUAUGACGCCUGGCAUAAAGGAAUCAACAGCAGGGUGGAGGACGCUCAUCAGUGCUGCACUAUAGGUGUCUAUGUGGAUCAGCCCGCCGGCCUGCUCUGCUUCUACACCGUGGAGACAGAGCAAGAUUCACAGAAGAAACAAGUGAAACUUCUUCACAGGUUUAAGAAUCCCAUAAAGGAGAAAAUUCUGCCAGGAUUCUGGGUGGGAAGACAGUCCUCUUGUUUAAUACUCAAGAAAGAGGAAUGAGGAGAACGGGAGACAAAAUUACACAACUGGACAGGGGUCAGGGAGAUAAAUUGUGGAUUAAAAAUGUAUAUAAUAAAUAAAAUAUGCUGUAUGUAACAUGGUUUUACAGUUCAGACUGCUCUUUGGAUGUUGGAAAUUAUAUAUGAUUUUUAGCUUUAAUUUUUGUUUUAGAAACAAACAUUAAACAGUAUAUUACAAUUGCUGGUUCUCUGACAAACUGCUUUUGUAAGUCGCUUUAGAGUUUCAGUGCUGAAGUGUCAAAUACACAGUUCACUUUGCAUAAAAGCUACCUUUAUCACACAUGAAAUCCAGUGUGUUGGACUGCAUCAUUGAUCAGUGUGUCAUUCAUUCAAAGUCCUGCACUAAGGUUUCAGCUGCUUUUGAUUGAUUGUAAUAGUUGAGAACAGCUGCAUUUAGCAGUAAAUGUCAAAUGAAGCUCUUGGGGUUUGAACAUGGUCACUGGAGACGGAGCUGCUCUAUUCUGAGAGGAUCACAAUCACUAAACCUGCCAAUGCAAAUGUGAUUUUCACCUCAAACUCACAGUUUCACUCUUUGAUUGGUUCAACGCUCUGAACUGGAACACUUUCACUUUUGCUCAUGGAGUUUCAGUUGUAGUUUUAUAAGGCGAGACGAGGCAAGUUUAUCAGGGGUACAGUAUGAUUGAACACUGGAACUGAGGAAAAUGAUAUCAGUUUGAUUUGAUAUCAGUUUCUCAGAUUCUGAGCAUAUUUGAGUCAAACCAGUCUGUCACAGAUCAGAUCACAGUCUAAUAGAGCUGAUUUCAGUCAUAAGUUAGUUUUGAGCACAUGUGUAGUUCCUGUGUUUGUCCUCUGUGUGUCAGUAGUGUGUGAAAGUGUGUGAGCAGCUGCAGUAUCAGUUCAGUC